GGUGAAGAGUUAAACCCCGCUCACCUGACCCCGCCCCUCUGGACUGGACCCGCCCCGCUGCAGCACAGCUCUGCUCCGGGAACUUCUCUCACUUAGUCCCGGAGCUCAGAAGAAGAACCGGGACCAGACCAGGACCAGACCAGGACCAGACCAGGACUCGGAGCCGCCGCCGGGUCAGCUGGUUCUGGAAUAAGACGAACCGGAUUCGGGUCUGAUUCUGGUUCGGUUCGGGUCUGAUUCGGUGUUUCCUGCCGGGACCGGACGGACUGACGGGGUGGGGGGGUCAUGGUCCGGACCGUGAAGGACCAGAACCCAACAUGGACCUGGUUCAGCUGAUGAUGAUGAUGAUGAUGAUGAAGACCUCUGAAGGAGGACGGAGACAGAGACGCUACGCUGUCAACCCCCUGGGACAGAAGUGGACUCACCACAACCUCACAUACAGGAUCGUCCAGUUCCCUAACACGCUGGGCGUGGAGGACACCAGGAAGGCCAUCAGCAUCGCCUUCACCAAGUGGAGCGACGUGUCCCCUCUGUCCUUCUCUGAGGUUGCCGACGGCAACGCCAGCGUGGACAUCACCAUCGGUUUCUACACCUUCAACCACACAGACUGCUGGUGGUCUCCGCUCCACCCCUGCUUCGACGGGCUGAACGGGGAACUGGCCCACGCCUUCCUGCCCCCCCGCGGGGAAAUCCACUUCGACAACCACGAGUUCUGGAUCCUCGGGAAGUCCAGGUUCAGCUGGAGACAAGGCGUCUGGCUCAACGAUCUGGUCCAGGUUGCGGCUCAUGAGAUCGGUCACGCUCUGGGUUUGUGGCACUCGAGAAAUCCAGCAGCUCUGAUGCAUCCGAACGCAACGUACACGGGUCAGAGGAACCUGGACCAGGACGACGUCUGGGGCAUCCAGAGACUCUACGGUUGUCUGGACAAGAAGAGGGUCUGUGACCCGUGGGCUCGACUCGGUUUCUGUGAACGGAGGAAAACCUUCAUGAAGAAGAACUGUCCCCGACGCUGUGACCUCUGCUACGAGCCCCCGGAUGCGGUUGCCACGGCGACGCCGCCUCCAGCCAACCUGAAGGUGAAGGUGGUUCCCCGUGGGAAGGUGGUCGGUUUCCGCUGUGGAACCAAAAACCUGCGUUCUCCGCCCAAAGUCAGCUGGUUCAAAGAUGGCGAGCGGAUCCUGACGUCCGUCCCCGGACACAUCGUCCUGAAGGACCGAGACCUUCGCAUCGUCGCUAACGAGUUUAACGAGGGCGUUUACACCUGUCGCAUCCACCGCCAGGGAAACGUGGUGUCGGCGAACUCCUGGUCCAUCCGCCUGAAACCGGAACCGCCGUCCAACAGCUGAGGACGAGGGUCCUCACAGAGACAUCAUGUCCUCACAGAGACAUCAUGUCCCGCCGAUGUCCUCGUUCAAACUGUGAGACGUCCAGGUGGUUUACGAUCAGCUGCUGCGUCCAAAACAAACAGCGGCUAAAACCCGGACGUUAGCGAACAUGACGUCAGCGAACAGCUGCCAGCUAACAUUAGCAGCCAGCUAACAUUAGCAUCCAGCUAACAUUAGCAGCCAGCUAACAUUAGCAGCCAGCUAACAUUAGCCAGCUACAUUAACAUUAGCUGCCAACCUGAGCUCGUUAUUGUUGUUUUGCUCACGUUAGCUUUCUUACAUUAGCUUGCGAGCAUUAUUCUACUUACGUUAAUUUUCUAACAUUAUCUCGCUAACAUUUUUUUCUUGCCAACCUCAGCUCGUUAUUAUUGUUUUGCUUAGUUUAGCUUCUAAUAUUAGUUAAAAAUGUUGUCUUGUGCAUUUACAUUUUCUAGCAUUCUGCUAGCAUAGCCUGGCUAACUUUAUCUAGCCAACAUUAGCUGCAGUAGUUAAUUUACUACGAUGUCCCCCUUGACAUGUGUCCACUGGGACAUUUGUCUCCAUGGUAACGCUCUUGUGUCGUAUGACAGGAGUGAACCGGAGAAAUGUGAUGGUUAUUAAAAAUAAAACUUUUCCUUCA